AUGGGGUUCGUGAUUUCGACCUCUAAGAUUGUUUUUGCUCUUGUGUUGGGGUUUCUGGCGUUGAAUUGCUUCACUGGGUUUGAAUCGAAUGCUCAACUUCUGCCUUUGGAAGAAGUGAGAACUCUUGAAACAAUUUCCACAAAACUACACAACACUCUCUGGAACAUCAGCCGAAGUUCUUGCCAAGGUGGUGGAUCAGGCUUUUACAGAUACUUCACUGACAAUAUUCUAAGCAAUGUCACAUGCAACUGUUCCUUUGCAAACAACACUUGCCAUGUCACAAACAUUGAGCUGAAGGGUCUCAAUUUAACGGGAGUUAUACCUGAUGAAUUUGGAAAUCUUACUCAUCUGGAAGAAAUUGAUCUCACUCGUAACUACAUCAAUGGAUCAAUCCCUGCAAGCCUUUCUCGUGCUCCUCUUCGCAUUCUGUCUCUUUUGGGAAAUCGACUCAGUGGUUCAAUUCCUGCGGCAAUUGGUGACUUUACUAUGCUCAGAGAGCUGGUGUUGGAGGAUAAUCAGUUUGACGGGCCUCUUCCGCAAAGUCUUGGGAAGUUGACUGACUUGGAAAGACUCCUUCUUUCUGCGAACAACUUUACAGGGACAAUACCGGAAUCAUUGGGAAAUCUAAAGAAAUUAGAUGAUUUUAGGAUAGAUGGGAACCGAUUAUCAGGGAAGAUACCUAGUUUUAUUGGCAACUGGACGAAUCUUGAAAGACUUGAUAUUCAAGGCACAUCCAUGGAAGGCCCCAUUCCUUCCACCAUCUCUUUGUUGAAAAACUUAACUCAAUUGAGGAUUUCUGAUUUGAAUGGAUCAAGUAUGCCUUUUCCUAAUUUGACAGAUACGAAAAAUUUGGAGAUAGUGACUCUGAGAAAUUGCUCAAUUAGUGGUCUAAUCCCAGAUUACAUUGGCGAUCUGACAAAAUUGACAACAUUAGACCUGAGCUUUAACAAGUUGACUGGCGAAAUUCCAGAGAACAUUCAGGGUGUUGAUAGUCUAGAUUACAUGGAUUUGUCUUACAACAAUUUUACAGGAUCACCUUCUGUUAGUUGCCCACAGUUAAAUGUGAAUUUAGUUUCUAGUUAUUCGUCUCCACAACAAUCAUGGUGCUUGGAGAAGGACCUCCCUUGCCCCUCAAAACCCCGACACCAUUCUUUGUUUAUCAAUUGUGGAGGGGAAAGGAUGGAGUUUGAGGGCAAUGAAUAUGAAGAGGACUUAACCACUGUGGGGACAUCACACUUCGUUUCAAUAUCUGAUAAGUGGGGUUAUAGCAGUACGGGGGUUUACAUGGGCAAGUCUCGUGCAGAUUACAUAGCAAGAAACACAUUGUCUCUGAAUAUGAAUGGUCCAGAGUUUUAUCAAACAGCCCGCCUUGCCCCUCUCUCACUCAAGUACUAUGGCCUUUGCAUGAUAAAGGGCAGUUACAAAGUAAAGCUCCACUUUUCUGAAAUAAUGUAUUCUGAUAGUGAGACAUUCAGCAGCCUUGGGAAGCGCAUAUUUGAUGUCUCAAUUCAAGGGAAUUUGGUUUUGAAGGAUUUCAAUAUUAUGGAGGAAGCAGGAGGCGUUGGUAAGGGCAUCGUCAGGGAAUAUGAUGUUCUUGUUAACGGUAGCACUCUAGAGAUCCACUUAUACUGGGCAGGAAAAGGAACUACUGCCAUUCCUGACAGAGGUGUCUAUGGACCUCUUAUAUCUGCAAUUACUGUGACACCAAAUUUUAAGGUUGAUACUGGUGGGCUAUCUGCUGGUUCUAUUGCCGGCAUUGUAGUAGCGUCAUGUGUGUCCCUUGUAUUGGUUUUGGUAGUCCUCCGACUGAGUGGUUUCUUAGGGGGAAAAGAUGAGGAUAAAGAACUGCGUCGUGGGCUAGAACUACAAACAGGUUAUUUCACUUUACGACAAAUUAAAGCUGCCACUGGUAACUUUGAUCCUUCAAAUAAGAUAGGUGAAGGAGGUUUUGGGCCUGUUUACAAGGGUGUUCUGGCAGAUGGUGCUGUCAUUGCUGUUAAGCAGCUCUCCUCCAAAUCAAAGCAAGGGAACCGUGAGUUUGUUAAUGAGAUAGGCAUGAUAUCUGCUUUGCAGCACCCAAAUCUCGUGAAGCUUUUUGGUUGCUGUAUUGAAGGAAACCAGUUGUUGCUUAUAUAUGAAUACAUGGAAAACAAUAGUCUUGCCCGUGCUCUUUUUGGUCAUGACGAACAACGGCUAAAUUUGGACUGGAAAACUAGAAAGAAGAUAUGUUUGGGGAUAGCAAGGGGAUUAGCUUAUCUUCAUGAAGAAUCAAGGUUGAAAAUUGUUCAUAGGGAUAUAAAGGCAACCAAUGUGCUGCUUGAUAAGGAUCUAAAUGCAAAGAUAUCCGACUUCGGUUUAGCUAAGCUAGAUGAAGAAGAGAACACGCAUAUCAGCACACGAAUAGCUGGAACAAUAGGCUAUAUGGCUCCUGAAUACGCAAUGAGAGGUUACUUGACAGACAAAGCAGAUGUUUACAGCUUUGGUAUUGUUGCCUUAGAAAUUGUCAGUGGAAAGAGCAACACAAAUUACAGGCCAAAGGAGGAGUUCGUGUAUCUUCUUGAUGGGGCCUAUGUCCUACAAGAGCAAGGAAACAUGCUAGAACUCGUGGAUCCAAGUCUUGGUUCAAACUACUCUAAAGAGGAGGCCAUGACAAUGCUUAACUUGGCGCUCUUAUGCUGCAACCCAUCUCCCACUCUCAGACCACCCAUGUCUUCUGUAGUAAGUAUGCUCGAAGGCAAAAGUCCAGUUCAAGCACCAACAAUCAAGCGCGGUUCAGCCGAACAGGAUGCAAAGUUCAAAGCCUUUGAGAGGCUAUCACAAGACAGCCAAACACACAUUUCCACGUUCUCUCAAGAUAGUCAUGUACGAGGCGCAUCAAUGGAGGGUCCAUGGGUGGAUUCCUCGGUUUCUCUUGCGAGUAAGGAUGAGACCAUGGAACAUUCUUCGUCAAACAAGCUACUCAAGGAUAUGUAUGAUGUAAAUUUACAGUGA